UAUUCCCACUUUCCUCGCCACUGCCCGAUUCAUCAGUUCUGUAUCUUUUUCAUGCAUCCUUAUUCCUUAUCCGAGGUUGUGGAACAGAUUUGUGCAACGCUUGGUUGAUAAUGAUGCCCGUGUGUUGAGAUCCAUAUUUCCAUGAGUAAGCAUGUAGGAAGGAGCUAGAUUUGAAUUUCUUUUAAGUUCUAAUAUCGUUGCCCGCCCCUCAUUCCUUUUGUGUGAAUUUUCAAGAUAACCACGAUGAGUCUCGAUGUUAUAUACACGAGCAUUCGUGGAUUUAUUAUUGUAUUACCAUGGGUCCUCGAAUUGGUCCUCAUGGACCUCAUAAUCUCUUUCCUCAUACCCGUCAGCUAUUUACUCCCUAACUGGGUUUACAAUGCGUCAUCCUUCGUUGCAUUUACGAACUGGAACUGGAUACAGGCCAUUUUCGAAGUAUUCAAUGGAGGCAAGAUUACCAUUUCUGGUGACACUCUUCCGGAAAAUGAAACUGCUAUCGUCAUUGCGAAUCAUGUCAGUUGGACAGACUUUUAUAUGAUUCAAGCACUUGCUAUCCGAGCUGGUAUGCUUGGAAGGUGUAGAUGGUUUGCGAAGAUCGAACUUCGAUGGGUCCCUUUACUUGGAUGGGGAAUUUGGGGAAUGGGUAUGCCGAUGGUUAGUCGAAAUUGGCUCAAGGAUAAGAAAGAGUUGGAUCGAGUUUUCGCAGGAGUGGUGGUGAAAAAAUGGUCCCAAUGUAAGCUAUGCGACUCACCGACCCUACUUGAGAUAUCUCAGCAGUGCUAAAUCAUCUAUCAUGUAGGGCUCAUAAGCUUUAGUGAAGCAACACGAUAUACCCCUAAGAAAUACGAAGAAGCGAAAAAAUGGUGCAAAGAGAAUAAUCGACCCCUUCCGAAACAUCUUUUGUACCCGCGGACCAAAGGCUUCGUAACAACGGUUCAGCAUUUGCGAAAAGCCAAACAUGUUAAAGCUGUUUAUGAUAUGACUAUCGCAUAUUCCCAUCAUAAUAAAUGGCAUGAAGCACCGACUAUUUGGGAAUCUCUCAGCUGCGGUGACUUGAGUGGGAGACGGGGAUACAAAUUCCAUGUCGAAGUUAAGCGAUUUUUGUUAGAGGAUUUGCCAGAAAGUGAUGCGGGAUUGGCGAAGUGGUUGGAAACUAGAUGGAUUGAAAAGGGUGAAUACUUGGAGGAAAAGAGGGAAGAGUGGUCCCGAUCUGGCAACGGACACAAACCAAUAACGGCAUAGUUGUCGCGGGGACCAUAUAUUUCGAAUUAUUAGACCGACUAGACGAGCGCAUCCAUGACUUUUUUUUAGAUUUAAUUCUCAUUCGAGUUGGAAUUUUCCUUUUGCUAUUUUUCGCAAGCAAAGUGUGGAA